UUUAUUAAGCAUGGUAAUUACGCGGUGUCGGUACCUUUACAAAUUUCCGAUCGUCCACUCUCCGGCGUAUCCGUUUCCUCCAAUUGAAGCUUAGGCACAGCGAUCCUUGAGAAAACCCCAUCAAUUUCUCUAAAAUCGUAGCCUACUUCGUUCGAAUUGUGUUCUUUCGCGUCUCUUUCGUUACGGAGCUCAAUCUUCUCAUCCAUAGACGACUAAAGCCGCGCAGAGGAUGAAGUUAUUGAAGAAUUUUUGUAAUCUGGAAUGAGUUUUUUCAGAGGUGUAGCUGACUAUAUUGGAUCGAUCUUCUCAGAAGCGAGCUCAAUUCACGAUUUGUCGCAGAAUCGUGGCCGCGAGGGUGCUUCAACCAUGGAGGGCGUUAAUGGGAUUCCUGUUUCGAACGAGCGCUAUGCUUCCAAGCUCAAAGGGUACUUCGAGUUGUCCAAGGAGGAGAUCGCCAAGGCCGUCAGAGCGGAGGAGUGGGGCUUGAUCGACGAUGCCAUACUGCACUACCAGAAUGCGCAGCGUAUUCUGGCCGAGGCCAGUUCAACCACCGUGCCCUCGUUUAUCAGUUCUAGCGAACAAGAGAAGGUGAAAUCUCAUAGACAAAAGAUAUCAAAGUGGCAAAGUCAAGUUUCUGAGAGAUUACAAGCUCUAAAUAUGCGAGCAGGUGUUACAUCCUCAAACAAGAGCUCCUCGAAUCAAGUGCCAAGAGCUGGAGUUGCUUCAACAAUGCCAAAAAUUAAAAAGCCAGUGCUAAAGAGCUCUCUUCAUAGUGGUGCAAGUAAUCCAAUAACGAGAAGUCAACCAGCUAGUGUUGGGACUUCAAAAUCUAUGCAAGAAGUUUCUGAUGGAUACGAUCCUAAAUUGGUUGAAAUGAUAAAUACUGCUAUAGUGGAUCGGAGUCCUUCUGUGAAAUGGGAUGAUAUUGCUGGACUUCAAAAGGCAAAGCAAGCUUUAUUGGAGAUGGUUAUUUUGCCCACAAAGAGAAGAGACUUAUUCACUGGUCUCCGAAAGCCUGCUAGAGGUCUUCUUCUCUUUGGUCCCCCCGGUAAUGGGAAGACUAUGCUUGCUAAAGCCGUAGCUUCAGAAUCAGAAGCUACUUUUUUUAACGUGUCUGCUGCGUCCUUAACAUCAAAAUGGGUAGGGGAAAGUGAAAAACUUGUACGGACUCUCUUCAUGGUUGCUAAGUCCAGGCAGCCCUCCGUAAUUUUCAUGGAUGAAAUUGAUAGUGUCAUGUCAACAAGACAUGCUAAUGAAAAUGAAGCUAGCAGGAGGCUGAAGUCUGAGUUUCUAGUACAGUUUGAUGGAGUAACAUCCAAUUCUACUGAUCUCGUAAUCGUUAUUGGUGCUACUAAUAAGCCACAAGAACUGGAUGAUGCAGUUCUCAGGAGAUUGGUGAAGAGAAUUUACAUUCCCUUGCCAGAUGGAAACGGUAGAAGACUUCUUCUCAAGCACAGGCUCAAGGGACAGUCGUUUUCUCUACCAAGUAGAGAUCUAGAGAGACUAGUUACACAGACUGAAGGAUACUCUGGAAGUGAUCUACAGGCCUUGUGCGAGGAAGCUGCAAUGAUGCCAAUUAGGGAGCUAGGUGGGAACAUUCUCACAGUAAAGGCAGAUCAGAUAAGAUCAUUAAAGUACGAAGAUUUCCAGGAGGCAAUGAAAGUGAUCAGGCCCAGUCUAAACAAAAGCAGGUGGCAGGAGCUUGAACAAUGGAACCAAAGUUUUGGAUCCAAUUAGACAAUGAAGAAAUAUUCAGUGUAUGUUAGAGGCAGCUGUUGUUGUGAAGUAAACACUGUACAGCCUUACCUUCAAACAAACUUCUAAAUAGCUCGAUUCUUUGUUUUCUUGUUUAGUAAAUUAAUUAAAAAAUAAUUACGAAAUAUAUUGAUAUGGAAAUCAACCCAA